AUGGCCGCCAAAACGGAAUCCGCGCGCACACGCAUCGAAAGCAUCAAGACCGGCCUACGAGCAACGACGUCAUGUACAGACACAACAGUCGCUGCGCUGCGGGAUCUAUUGAGCCGCAAGAACGACGAGCCGGUGCAAAAAGAAAAUGCGGGGGUCAAGGUGCCCGGUGCGCUGCGGAGGAAGGCAGACGCAGUGAAGGCUGCAGCAAGCAAAGAUGCGCCCAAGCCGGAGCCCACGGUCCUUGCGCCGAGAGACAAGUACAUACUGGCUACAGAGGUCGCCAACCAGUCACUCAAGACGCUCGCCGACGCGCUGAAGAGCCAGGCAUCCACACCGACCCCGCGAUCUUCAAAGCCCACCGCCACGACUGCCAGCGACAGCACGCGCAAAGCUGCCCGACCGCCUACUGCCGCUCAGAAGGCCCUGACUGAGCGCUCCGUCCCACAGACAACCAAUGCAACGAGAAGAAGUCCCAUCUCGACACGACCCUCGUCCUCGGCCUCCUCCAACUCAGGGCCUGACCCCGGUUUGGUUGCGACAGCCGAAUGUGCCCGCGCCGCCUUUGCAUAUUUGGGGACGCCGGAGGCCAAGAAGGUUGUUGGUAAAGACAGUAGAGACCUGCAGCUGGAGAAUGGUGUGCUGGCGCUCGUUGGCAAACUGGUGGCACUUGGACUCGACAGUUUGGCGGUGAAGGAGAUCAGACUGCUGAAGAGGAGACUAGACAGCUACCUGGGUCAUGCAGAGGCCAAAGAGACUGCUGGGGCUGUCAGGAGACCCGGAGUACAGCAUGACUCGGCAGCAGAAAAGGAGAGUCUUGCAACACUCCUGCACUUUGGAGCCAUCGAUUCGGCAAGCCCCGCGUUACCACUUGUGGCAAAUCUGCAAAUAUACACAUUGCGCAUCAUCGCGAGGCUGAGAAGACCUCUUUUGAUUGAAGCGACAUGGCAGCACCUGCAGCUAGCCAACGAAUCCUCUCCAGCAAAUCUGCUCGAACGGCUUGCGAGCACCUCCACCAGCACACCCAAAGCCGCUCGACAACUCGAAUCUCUUGCGCAGACAAUGCUUGCCCUAUGUCCAAGCAUCUCGGCCCUCGACGAUGGAGCGCCGCUACAGCCACCGCCCGAGACUGUCUUUCGCAUACAACACCUUGCUUUCACAAUUCGGAAAAAAUGGUGGGCUUUGGCGAACCAUAAGACCAACGAAGAACACGAGCUUUUGGAACCGUUUGUCAGGUGCCUGGUUGCCUUUGCUAGGAGAUCGAAGUUAUCGCUCACGGAAAAAUACGACCUGUCCAAGUCCUUGAGCUCAGAGCUGUUAGGCAAGCAACUUCUGGCCCCUGGUGCUUCUGCAUCUUCAGCACUAAUCGCCAAGACUCUCUGUAACCUCGCUCAAGCUGCAGGACUAUCUGACGAGGCUUUGCGCUGGCUGAGCGCUCCUGAAGCGAGUGCCUUGUCUACAAGCUCUGCGGCAAAGCAGGCGUGCAGACUCGUCCGGAUCGCAACCGUCUCACUGGAGGCUGCAAACAAAGGAGAAGAUAAGCCCGGUCUCGAAGAAUCCAUCAGCACUGCAUUGAAAGCCUUGCAAGGGAGUCUGGGCGGGACUUCCACAGACCUUGACUCGUUGUUCAUGGAGGCUAAUGCCUUAAGACGAGCCGCAACGAGAUCGCUCGCUGCAGGUUUUUCUGCCCGCUCACUUAGCUCUGAAGACCUCUCGAUUCAGGCCCGUGACAUUUUGAUGAUUGCCGCAAGUGUACAUUUCUCGGCGAGGUUCAUCGGGCGCAGAAGUACAGCUGAUCCGGACUCAAAUCCCCAACAACGACAUGAGGAGCGAAUCAGCAUGGCCUGGAAAUGUACCAAAAGUAUUGUUGAGUCUGUCAUCACUUGUUGUAAGCGGUCGACAAACAGUCCAGAUCUCUGGUCUGAACUGGACAUUAUUCUUCAGGAUUGCUGUUACAUCCUACGGAGGCUUGGUGAAGAGUCGGAAAGCGGAGUCCUGGUCGAUGCGCAAGCUGGGGAUGUAGUCUCUUCAUGUCUUGUAAAACUUUCCAAUGCCUAUUGGAACACAUAUCUGCAACUACGGAAGGCGGCUGCCAUUGACCCAGAGCUCCUCUUGGUAGCUAUGCGACGCUCAAUCGACCUUGUUUCAGAAGGCUCCGAAACCCAACAAGAAGCAGGUCAUCUGGCUAUGAAGCUUGAACGACUAGGCGAGGCAUUGGAUAAUCUCCAGAAGGCUAGCGAAUCACGCAAGGCUUUUGGUCAGUGUAUUGGAUACCACAUCUACUCCAACGAUCAGGCACUUGCAGACAAUCUUGCAACUCACUCACUCGAGGCAUCUUUCGAAGGCGAAGGAACAUUCAGUACACUCGGCAGGUUACUGAAAGCCUUACAUCGUUCGUACCUUGUUCAUGGCGUUAAGCGUGCCAGUGAACUCGCGUACCACGACGACACAUAUCUGCAGCCGGACGUGCGAGGAGCAGUCCUGGAGUGGCAGCUGAUACUCUUCUCCAAGACGCUCUCCAAGAAUCGGCAAUGGGAUUCGAAUCUCAAUCACUCCAUUGAGACACUAACGGAACAGCUUCUUGCAAUCUACGCCCCCGAACACUAUCCCGUACGGCGCUUGAGGGUGAUCGCCUUGCUCCUCCAACUUUCUCAAGAUCACCCACAUAUAGUAGCGCACAAUAUGUUACCAUCGGACACUUUGCCGGAAAGCAUUGCUACUAUAGAUCUCUCGCAAGACGAAGGUCUGUCCAGGUUCAAGGAGCAUUUAAGCGCUCUCUGCAGUCUCAAGAUUGCGAUGCAACAGGUUUUUCCGCCAGUAGAAACUCUUAGGCAGUGUUUUGGAACCUGGGAAUUCCUUGCGAAAUCCGCUUCUAGCUGGACUGCCCUGCUCGACCGCAUGAGCGAUGUCGAUAGUUGGGUUCACGACAUUCGGGCCUGCGUCGACUUUCUCAAUGCGAAAGGCGAAGAGUAUCUCGCCCUGCCUGUUUUGCAUCUCCUGGUCAAAGUGUUUGAGCUGCAAAACAAGCCAGACGCUUCAGACCUUGUCUCUGGUCUUUCAGCGCUCGCUCUGCAAUUUUCACGCCUUGGGUACAGUGGCAAGGCUGGACUCUCUCUGGCGAAGGCCGAGAUUCUCGUCAAUCGCCAAACAGUCUCAACCGAAUCUAAGCUGAAGUGGCACAUGGCGUAUGCGGAAUAUCUAUUCUACAUCGGAAACACUGAUAAAUGUGCAUCAACAUUGUCUACUGCCGAGUCCAUUGCCCGCACCGACGACUUGUUCAUGGAUAUGUCGAAGACUUCUGCCACGGGUUCUCAGCGUCUGCGAUACAACAGCAUCUUGGCGGACGCCUGCUAUGUAUACUCCCUUCUCGCAGCUUCUAAGGGCUCUCAUAAAGAAGCAGCCAGAUAUGCUAAACAGUGCGUUACGCUUAACCGCCGUAUGUGGGCUGUGCUGGAGUCCAAGGUGAACUCACAGAAAGCAGCACUUGUGGAAAGUGGAGUACACAUGGCGGACAGCUCGGACAAGUCGAGCGUUGAUCCGCUUGCCUCUAUGCGAGACGACAAAGGGACUCCAAUAAUAUCCUCGAAUACUCACGAUGCUUUGGGAGGCGCAGAGUUCUGGUUCAUGGUUCCUUCACUGUACCGCGGACUGAUGCAGCAUUCUCAAGUUUUCGCGAACCAAGGUCUCCUGCAUGAGGCAAUCUAUGUUGCAGAGCAGGCAGAAAAAGUUGCUCAAGCUACGCGCUCACCUUCUCUUGUGACCGACAAUGCAAGCUGGCGGGCGGCUUGCUGGGCACAAAGUAGCAGGCCUGACAAAGCUGGACCAUUACUGCAAGCUCUUAAUCAGCCUUCAGACCGCAAGUCCUUGUCUGUCGCUGCGUACCAUUCAGCUGUUGCCAGAGUACAUCACUGUACUGGAAACUUUGAUGAAGAGAUCGCUUCAUAUGGUGUCUUAGAGCAACUCCUGGAUGAACUCACCAAACCAGCCUAUAUCAAAUCUUUGGGCGCCAUACACCCUGAUCUCGACUCACUCGCGUCGCAGAUAGCUGGUAUGAGCCUUGACGCCUCCAACACCAAAGUCACCAAGGCAGUAGCAAUGACCAGAGCUCAGAAAUCCGCAGUGAAGCCUGUCUCAAGAUCAACCUCACGUGCGGGCGCAAGGUCCGCUUCAGGUACUCGUUCACGAGCUGGUACCGUAAGUGCUGCAAGUGCUGUAAGCGCUCCAAAGUCGGCAACCAAAGGCCGACCCAAGAGUAUGAUCGCUGCGCCAAGCUGUGAUAUCGUGAGCGCCACAGAUCAAUGCACGACCUUGCGCGCUCUCCAAGCUGAAGUCCUGCACAGGGGUGUCCUUGCAAAUCUGCUCCAGGACGACCUGAAAGCGGCAACUGCUCUCAUUGAGCGAGUGCAAGAGCUUCCAGUUGGCGCAGACCGGGAUGUUCAGCACACCUGGGCUAAAUUCAAGUUGAUGCUUGCACAGAGCGCUCAGCAAAUUGCUGCGGACUUCGCAUUCAAUACACUUCCCGAGUCUACGAUUGCCUUUCCUGCCAUCGGCACCAAAGAUAGAAGAAUGUCCGAAGGAGUUCCUAUGAAAAAAGUCGGGCUUACAACCACGACCAAAGCAAAAAGUGGUCGCGCGAAGAAAGUUGUCGCAAAGAUUGACUUCGCAGAUACACUGCGCCAAGCUCGAGAACAUCUGCUCGAAGUGCAUGCUCUAUCCGCUACGCACGGGUCGAAUCAUUUAUUUCAGCAAGUGUCUAAUGCACUUGGCCACAUCACGGUCUUGCUGUCAGCCGUGACAGAAGCGCGCGGCUCGCUUCACCCCCUCUACGCAGCGUAUACAAGUGAAAUACCAAAGUGUAAUGCCAUGAGACUUGCGCAGGAGUUUGUCGAGUCUGAGAAGGAACAGAUGUCGCGUGAAGAGUGCUUGCAAUGGCCACUUCUGCAAGCUUCGAGCUUCAGUCUUGCAUCGGCUUCGGACUUCCAACAAGAAUACAUUGACAUCAUCCCAGAGGCCUGGACUGCCAUCUCACUUGGGUUGAAUGAAGCUCAUGAUGAGCUGUACGUGACCCGCUUCGAGGCUGGAGUCGCUCCCUUUUUGCUUCGUCUACCUCUAGCGCGACAUGCCUCUCGCGACCUAGACGAGGAUGAGUUUACGUUUGAGGACGGCAAGCGAGACUUCGACGAGAUCAUCGAGCUCAGCGACUUCAGCACGCGUAACGCAAAAGACAUGACGUCAAGGGAAGCACGACAACAAUGGUGGGAUGAACGUGAAGCUCUCGACACACGUCUCCACGAACUCCUUGUCAAUAUGGAAAACAUCUGGCUCGGCGGCUUUAAGGGAAUCUUUUCGCAGCAUGUGCGGCAACCUACACUUCUCGCCAAGUUCCGGAAGGCCUUCGAGGACGUAUUGAACCGGCACCUACCAUCUCGCAGCAAGAAGAUCCAACCCAAGCAAGCUGUCCUGGAUACACGAGUUUUGGAGCUCUUUGUUGGGCUCGGUGACCUUGCCAACGAGGAGCUGGAUCUAGACGAGGAACUCAUGGAUCUCAUCUACUUCGUGGUUGACAUCCUCCAAUUCAAUGGCGAGCCCAACGCCUAUGACGAAAUUGACUUCGACGCAAUGGUCAUCGAAACUCAAGACGCGUUGAAAGCAUAUCACAACGCCACUCGCAGCACACCCUCAUCCACACCCCACACAAUACUCAUGCUUGACAAUGACCUCCACGGCUUUCCAUGGGAAUCACUGCCCUGUCUAGAAAAGCUGUCUGUCUCGCGCUUGCCUUCUCUCGCCGCACUGCGUGAACGUCUCUUUACACUUCGUCCUUCUACCGCAGAGGAAGCUGCGCCAGGUCACUACAUCGCAGCCUCGACCGGCGGAACAAGCAUCCUGAACCCCGGUGGCGAUCUGGCCAACACAUCCAAAACCCUCCAACCCGUGCUCAACUCGCUACAGGGAGAGUGGACACACAUCCACUCUCGGGCGCCCACCGAGAUAGAGUUCUCCACAGCCCUCGGCACACAGGACCUACUUCUCUAUUUUGGUCACGGCAGCGGCGCGCAAUUCGUACGCCAGAAAUCCGUUCGCAGACUCUACCCAGGCAAGCAGGACCACGGUACCGCUAUGAAGCCCGGCUGCGCCACCGCUUUCCUCUUUGGCUGCUCCUCGGUGCAUCUGACAGAGAAUGGCAUCUACGAGCCUAGCGGCAUGCUGCAAAGCUACCUCACGGCCGGUGCGCCUGCUGUUGUCGGCAUGCUGUGGGAUGUAACAGAUAAAGACUGUGACCGCUUUGCUGUGCGUACCGGUGAGCUGUGGGGGCUGUGGCCGGAAGUCCAAGAGGAAGCUGAGGCAAAGUUGGCCAAGACGCCGAAGAAAAGUGGAAAAGGCAAGGCCAAGGCGAGGCAGAUCGAGUGCGAGAGAAAGGGGGAGUAUAGGAGAGGCGUGGGUCUAGACGAGGCGGUUAGGGAUGCGAGGCAAGCGUGCUACCUCAAGUACUUGAACGGGGCUGCCGCGGUUGUCUAUGGAAUUCCUUGUUAUCUGGAGUAA